GUUGUCUGCCUCGAGCUUCACUACUCUCGCAGGACUACUUAUUGAUCGAUACUGAUGGGUUGGCCCGUUUCUCACUAAUAUGUACUCUAGGAAAAUCUCCUUGUCCCAUCUCCUCCGCCAAUAAUGUCGAUCGGUAAUAAAGCCGAGCGGAAUGCGAUGAUGACAUUCAUGCCAGUAUCCUCCAACAAACCCCGCUCACCUCUCAGCGUUGCUUUGUGGCCAGUUACCCGGGAUCAUCCUCCUCCGUCUCGAUAUAUCUCCCCUCUUUCGUUCUAUCUGGAUCGUUCGUCCAUUUCCCGCUGAUGAUGGCCCAAGCGAGUGCUACCGAUCGCCACGGCCAUUCCUGGGACAAGAUCGGAAAUUUGAGACAUUGCUGACUAACCCACAACUUUGCAGACUCGUGUCUGCCAUGGCGCCGCUACAUCAUCCU